AUGAAUAUCUACCGAGAGCAGAUAGUAAAGCCUCGGUUACUCAAACUGCUGGCCGGCCUCAGCGUUGGCUUUCUCCUCUUUCAGUUCUUCCUAAUCCGAGUAUUCUGGAAACGUGAUGAAGUCCAGAAUACUGUGGAUACUUCCAAACAGGCUCAUGUCCAUGUUAAGCCUUUACAAGAACCAGCACAACCUGCGGUUGCAAAUGCUGUGAAGAUAUUUGUAAGUGCUUGUGCUGAACUGAACAUUCCAGUAUUUCUCUUGGAGGUGGAUAUUUUGAGCAGCCUGACUCCAGACAAGUCUCCUCCAACCACCUUCAGUAAUGGUUGCCUCUUUGGCUGCCGGCAACAUGUCACGUUUGGUUGUUAUUAUAAAUACUGGGACACUCAGGGUAUCGUUCAGCUGCUGAAGAGUGACUUUGCAAUUCAUAGUAUUCGUCAGGCAGACCCAAGGCUGCAUCAUGACACCAUUCCAACCCAUUUCUUCCUACUUGAUCGAGGUCACAAGCAGCCGACAGCUAUCCAAGUGGUGAUGUUCCAUUCCCGGUUGGGCUCCUAUUUUUGGCAUGGUGCCAUCACACCUUUGUCCCGGCUUAAUAGGAUCUUGCCAUCAACUUCCAGUGUCACAAUAUAUUUUGGUCUCUAUGCUGGUGCUUACAAAAAAUUUGAAGUGGAUGAUGUUCAGGUUGACAAUGUAACUGUCAAAGUUCCUCAGCCUCCAGAUAGUUUUGUGCAACAAAUUCCUCACUCGAGAUUUAUUGAAUGCAAUGAGACUCAAGCCACAAAGUUUGCAGCACAAUAUGGCAUAGACAAUUCUGAUAUAAGUCAAAAAUUCCAGCGAAAGGCUCGCCAAGUAAUGGCCAAGGGGAAACAACUUUUGGACAGUCUAGAAAUUAGGUUUUGGCUCAGUAGCGGAACUUGUUUGGGUUGGUUUCGCCAAUGUGGCAUCAUUCCUCAUAGCAAAGAUGUGGAUUUGGGCAUCUGGAUUUCUGAUUACAAUCCACAACUGAUUCCCACUUUUCAGGAGAAUGGAUUCAAAUUGAAGCACAUGUUUGGCAAGAUUUCUGACAGUUUUGAACUGUCUUUCAGUGCAGGUGACAUAAAAUUAGAUCUCUUCUUUUUCUACGACACACCAAAUUACAUGUGGAAUGGUGGUACCCAAGCCAAAACAGGAAAUAAGUACAAGUACAUUUUUCCUCGCUUUACACUCUGUUGGACUGAAUUCUUAGAUUUACGUGUCAGAGUGCCCUGUGAUACUUUGGCUUACAUUGAAGCCAAUUAUGGUCCUAAUUGGUUUCGGCCAGUGACUGAGUGGGACUGGAAGAAAAGCCCAUCAAAUGUGAAAGAAAAUGGAGUCUGGCCCGAGAAAGAAUGGGACCAAGUAAUACAAGUGUUUUGA